CAUCGCAUGGCAUGAACGCUCCCCACGCAUUGCAGGCAUGCCCUGCCACACACAGUCUCCGAUACUAAUUCCCGGUGGCUUUGCGGAUAGCGACAGCAGCAGUAGCAGCGAUUACGGCUCCGACUUUUCGCCCGAGGAAGAGGCGCUGCUGGACGAAUUGCUCGCCAAAGUCGCCCCGAACCACGCGUCAGUCCCCGACCCUGUAGUCGCAGCACCCGCACUGUCACCUCCACUCUUGCCAGUACCCAUCGAAGCCUCUGCGACUAUCGCAGAUAUCGAGGAUCAAUAUGCAGGCUCGUCGUCUCUCCCGUUGCCUCGGGUGUUUGGGAGGGAGAAGCCUGCCUGGCAAACUUGCCGGACUUGGCCGUACGGCGCACGUCGGCCAGCGUCGAUUCCAGGUCACCGUGGUCCCUCGUCUGCGUUUAGUCGAGCAUCCGAAUUCCUCUGAAGGCAGAGAAAAGGAACGCGAGCGCCAGGCCGCUCGCCACCUCGAGACCACCACCAAUGCAGUGAAUACAGAGGAGGAUACGCGAUCUCCCGUGGAGCGAUUCCGACGGCCCCCCAAUAAGGCCUUCUCCGUCACGGACCUGAUCUCCCCGGCAUGGUGUGAGCUGCAGUAUUGGUACUCGCUUACGAAACAUGGCCGGAAGCGUCGAACCGCGGCGAUGAAGCUCGGCAGUACGAUACACAAGACAUUGGAGGAUGAGAUCUACACGACGGUGCCGGUCGAGAUCACGACCAAGGAGGACGCGCUCGCCUUGCGUAUUUGGAAUAUCAUCCAGGGCCUGCGGCUGUUACGAGAGUAUGGCAUCACGCGCGAGCUGGAGAUAUGGGGCUUGGUGGAUGGCGAGCUUGUCACUGGCGUCAUCGAUCAACUGUCUAUCGAAUGUCCGGAUCCAGCUCUCGAGGCCACGGCCGCCUCGUAUUAUGCCGACAUCGAGGCAUCGAGGGCUAUCUUGCCGGAGUAUCAUAUGUCCCUGACGGACUACCUGCUUGCACCAUCACGUGGCGGGAAGAGGCUCUCCGAUGUCUAUGGGAGGGAAGAGGAAGAACCGGAAGCUAGCACCGUCGAAGCAACCAGUAGUCAGGGGUCUUCCGAGCUCCCUAGUAUACCCCGGGUUUACCUGACCGACGUUAAGACGCGAGGCAGUGCUUCCGUGCCAGCGGUCAAGAGUUCCUCGUUCCGUCCCACGCAGCUCCAACUCCAGCUAUACUAUCACAUGCUGAACCGCCUCAUCACCAGUGACGAUGUGACCAUUGACGUCCUCGCCGCGCGGUACAACCUUGACGCGCAGCGUACCUUUACCGACGCCUUCAUCCACGAAGUGGGCGGUCUCAAUGACCAGUACUUUGACGCGCUCUCGUCGCAGGAGUUCGACCCGGACUUCAUCCCGACGCAAGAAGACGCAGACGCCGAGGACGUCUCGUCAUCACCGAAAUCUUCCCCACCUGCCAGUGAAGAUUCCACUACUAGCAUUCUUACCUCCCACAACAAUCUGGCCGCCCUCUGGAACCUGAUGAAGGAGAACCUCCGUCUGACCUUCCUUCCCCAAUCCCAACCAUCCGUCUCCGUGGCCCCAUCCAUCCCCUCCGAGUUCCAGCCCGCCACGCUCGAAUCUUACCCUACCGUCGUCUCCCCGCUGCUCACGGCGAAGUACAUCUCCUCGAAGCCGACGACAGAGAUGGAGAAACGCGUCCUGGGCAGUCGAUCCUUCCUCUUCGAUCCGAACUCCUUGACCUCCUACGUGGCGGACCAGAUGGAGUGGUGGCGCGGCGAGCGGGCACCGCGCGGGGUGGAGGUCAUGGAUGCGUGGAAAUGCCGCAUCUGUGAGUUCCGGGAUGAGUGCGAGUGGCGACAGGAGCGCGAGUGGGAUUACUCGCAUCGCCGGCGGCAGAAGCUGGACAUUGAGAUGAACGCUACCUGAGCUGUGUCUGGAUGUACCUUUAUGCCUUUGAGACCCAGUAUGUGUCUUUGAAGGAUACAAUUGGUCGGUGUUCUCAACAUGGAUAGACGUACUGUUUUUGGCUCCAGUGAUUGAUUGCAUAAUUGCAUAGGUGGGCAGGUUUACCAGGUAUACGGAUAGGAAAGAGAUAUAACUUAGUAUGUACUGGGACCCUAAUAAUGAACUGAAACCAGAGACAAAC